AUGGUUCUGGAGGUAUUCGAUGCUAAGUCAGACGGAGUGGCCGCCUCGCCAUACCUUGUCGAUAGGACUGUUCAUCGGGACAUUCUUCUACCCUCCACACCACCUCAAUGGCAGUCCAUGGUGGUUGAAUCCACUUCAUCUACCUAUCGCCUGAGUAUGAGACUCGCCUGCACUCCACACCACUUUGGUUUGAAGUGUGCAAGGGAGUGUCAGCCCCAGGCCGGCCGAUAUACCUGCGAUCGGCAUGGCAAUCGAAUCUGUGAGAAGGGAUGGAGCGGAGAAAACUGUGAUCGACGUAAGUAUACUUUCACUGUACAGUAUUUUUGGCAAAAUCAAAUAAGAAUACAAUUUUGUAAAAGAUUUAGCUAG